GCUAGUUUUACAGUUACCAUCAAAACAUAUAUUACAUACAUAUACGUAUACGUACAUAUAUACGAUACGAUGGCGACCGUAGCUGCUACUCCUCCCGUUCCUACUACUACCAACAAUAACACCGAAACCCACAAGAAGAACAGGAUUCAGGUUUCCAACACAAAGAAACCUCUUUUCUUUUACGUUAAUCUCGCUAAGAGGUACAUACAGCAGCACGAUGAGGUUGAGCUCUCUGCUCUUGGAAUGGCUAUAACUACAGUUGUCACAAUAGCUGAGAUUUUGAAGAACAAUGGACUUGCCACUGAAAAGAAAGUUUUGACCUCAACAGUUGGCAUGAAAGAUGAGAACAAAGGUCGUCUGGUCCAGAAGGCAAAGAUUGAGAUUGUGCUGGGGAAAUCUGAGAAAUUUGAUAACCUGAUGGUUGCUGCCAACACAAGUGAAUCACAUCAACCAGCUGGUAAUGAUGACAAGAAAUGACAAAUAGAGAGAGAGAGAGAGAAAGAGAAGAGAAAGAGAGGAGAAGAGCCAUGUCAAUGUGCAACUACUUGUAGCCAAAUAUAUGUCUGAUUCUUUUUGUACUGGGUAUUAUUAUUUUUCUUUUUUCUGCAUCCAUAGUAGAAGUAAAUAGGGGGAGUAGAUUUUAUAGAUAACUAUUGCUUCAAUUAAAAAGGGUCGUGAAGCUGCAUAUUUUCCAUUAUCACCUUUAAAUUUAUUUUCCCUUCACUGCACAUAUAUGACGAUAAUGAUCAUUAUUACAUGAUUCUUUUAA